AUGGUUAUGAACGAUCGCCGAAUCACAAUCAGAAAAGUCGCUGAUGAUGGUGGCAUAUCAGUUGGCUCAUGCCAUAAAUUUUUUUCGGACGUUUUGGGUAUGAAACGUCUAGCAUCAAAAUUCGUUCUAAAAUUGUUAAAUUUCGAACAAAAACAGCUUCGAAUGGAAGUUGCUCAGGAGUCGCUAAAUGAAGUUAAUAACGAUGCAGAACUACUAAAACGUGUUAUAACAGGUGACGAAACAUGGGUUUACGGAUAUGAUGUCGAAACUAAGGCUCAAUCGUCCCAGUGGAGGCAUUCUGGAUCGCCAAGACCGAAAAAGACUCGACAAGUGCGGUCGAAUUCGAAGGUUAAGCUCACUGUGUUCUUCGAUUUUAAUGGCAUAGUGCAUCAUGAGUUUUUGCCACAAGGUCAAACAAUGAAUAAGGAGUACUGA